CAGGCAACCAGCCUCUGUUCACAUGACAGGCAACCAGCCUCUGUUCACAUGACAGGCAACCAGCCUCUGUUCACAUAUCAGGCAACCAGCCUCUGUUCACAUGACAGGCAACCAGCCUCUGUUCACAUAUCAGGCAACCAGCCUCUGUUCACAUGACAGGCAACCAGCCUCUGUUCACAUGACAGGCAACCAGCCUCUGUUCACAUAUCAGGCAACCAGCCUCUGUUCACAUGACAGGCAACCAGCCUCUGUUCACAUAUCAGGCAACCAGCCUCUGUUCACAUGACAGGCAACCAGCCUCUGUUCACAUAUCAGGCAACCAGCCUCUGUUCACAUAUCAGGCAACCAGCCUCUGUUCACAUAUCAGGCAACCAGCCUCUGUUCACAUAUCAGGCAACCAGCCUCUGUUCACAUAUCAGGCAACCAGCCUCUGUUCACAUAUCAGGCAACCAGCCUCUGUUCACAUAUCAGGCAACCAGCCUCUGUUCACAUAUCAGGCAACCAGCCUCUGUUCACAUAUCAGGCAACCAACCUCUGUUCACAUAUCAGGCAACCAGCCUCUGUUCACAUAUCAGGCAACCAGCCUCUGUUCACAUAUCAGGCAACCAGCCUCUGUUCACAUAUCAGGCAACCAGCCUCUGUUCACAUAUCAGGCAACCAGCCUCUGUUCACAUAUCAGGCAACCAGCCUCUGUUCACAUAUCAGGCAACCAGCCUCUGUUCACAUAUCAGGCAACCAGCCUCUGUUCACACAUCAGGCAACCAGCCUCUGUUCACAUAUCAGGCAACCAGCCUCUGUUCACAUGACAGGCAACCAGCCUCUGUUCACAUAUCAGGCAACCAGCCUCUGUUCACAUAUCAGGCAACCAGCCUCUGUUCACAUAUCAGGCAACCAGCCUCUGUUCACAUAUCAGGUAACCAGCCUCUGUUCACAUAUCAGGCAACCAGCCUCUGUUCACAUAUCAGGCAACCAGCCUCUGUUCACAUAUCAGGCAACCAGCCUCUGUUCACAUAUCAGGCAACCAGCCUCUGUUCACAUAUCAGGCAACCAGCCUCUGUUCACAUAUCAGGCAACCAGCCUCUGUUCACAUAUCAGGCAACCAGCCUCUGUUCACAUAUCAGGCAACCAGCCUCUGUUCACAUAUCAGGCAACCAACCUCUGUUCACAUAUCAGGCAACCAGCCUCUGUUCACAUAUCAGGCAACCAGCCUCUGUUCACAUAUCAGGCAACCAGCCUCUGUUCACAUAUCAGGCAACCAGCCUCUGUUCACAUAUCAGGCAACCAGCCUCUGUUCACAUAUCAGGCAACCAGCCUCUGUUCACAUAUCAGGCAACCAGCCUCUGUUCACAUAUCAGGCAACCAGCCUCUGUUCACAUAUCAGGCAACCAGCCUCUGUUCACAUAUCAGGCAACCAGCCUCUGUUCACAUAUCAGGCAACCAGCCUCUGUUCACAUGACAGGCAACCAGCCUCUGUUCACAUGACAGGCAACCAGCCUCUGUUCACAUGACAGGCAACCAGCCUCUGUUCACAUAUCAGGCAAUCAAGUUGCUAAUAGCUUCUGAUGUCAUGUUUUUAAACUAAGCAUACCGCAGAGGGAAAGGUUCUGUACAUUAAACUGGACAUAGUCAACACAACAUGAUGAAAAGCAACAUGGUCUUUCUUUCUGUAGUUGAAAACAUUUCUC